AAGUCUAUCAUUGUGCUUAACACCAACAAAUGGCAUAAUUUCUUUAAUUUAUAGCCGGCCACUUUAAUUAUUCUUCCUUUUAUAUUUACUUCACUCCUCACUACUCCACCAAAAAUUCCUUUUCCCCCCCCUCUCCACCUAUGUUCCCGGUCGAAUGUGAUCAUUUCUAAUCUUAUUCGAUUUUAUAUGUCCAUAAAGUGAUAUAUAUCGCGAUAGCUAGCUAGCAUUGAAGAUAAUGGAUAGGCUAUUAACCCUAGAGCCAUCUAAUGUGGUGACUAUACGACUUGAGCCAGGUCAUAAAUGUUCGGGUGAGGUAACCCUACGUAACGUCAUGUACACCAUGCCGGUCGCGUUCAGGCUGCAGCCGGUGAACAAGACUCGUUACGCGAUUCGUCCUCAAUCGGGGAUCAUCUCUCCAUUAACAACGAUCACUUUAGAGAUAAUUUACCAUCUACCACCAAACACAACUCUCCCAAACACUUUCCCUCACUCUGAUGAUUCAUUCCUCUUGCAUAGUGUUGUUGCCCCAGGGGCAGCUAUUAAUAAUAUGGCCACUUCUCCAACCUUAUUAGAUAUGGUCCCAAUUGAUUGGUUCACUACAAAGAAAAAACAAGUUUUCAUAGAUAGUGCUAUUAAAAUCAUGUUUGUUGGUUCACCUGUUUUGUGCUAUUUAGUGAAAAGAGGCUAUAUGGAUGAAAUUAGAGAAGUGUUAGAAAAAAGUGACCCUAAUUGUAAACCUGCUGAUUCAGUGGACUCCGAAGGUAAAACAUUACUCCAUUUGGCUAUUUCACAAAGUAGGCCUGAUUUAGUCCAAUUGUUACUUGAAUUUGGGCCUAAUAUUGAGGCCCAUAGUAGAUCAUGUUCAAGCCCAUUAGAAGCAGCAUCAGCAUUAGGCGAAUCACUAAUUGUUGAACUUUUACUAGCAAAAAAGGCUAAAACUGAAAGAACACAAUACUCUACAUCAGGCCCAAUACAUCUUGCUGCUGGAAAUGGUCAUUUGGAAGUAGUAAAGUUACUAUUACUCAAUGGUGCUGAUGUGAAUGCCUUAACGAAAGACGGUAACGCGGCCUUGCACAUCGCGGUGGAGGAAGGUAGGCGCGAUUGUGCGCGUGUUUUGUUGGCCAAUGGCGCGAGAGCUGAUGUGAGAAACGCGGAGAAUGGUGAUACGCCUUUGCAUAUUGCUGCUGGAUUAGGCGAUGAACAUAUGGUACGCGUUUUGAUUCAAAAGGGGGCUGACAAAAAUGUACGUAAUAAGUAUGGUAAAACUGCGUAUGAUGUUGCUGCUGAAAAUGGACAUAACAAGCUUUUCGAUGCCCUCCGUUUAGGUGAUAACCUAUGUGUGGCGGCUCGAAAAGGAGAUGUAAGAACCAUCCAACGGCUCCUAGAAAACGGAGCCAGCAUCAACGGCCGCGAUCAACAUGGAUGGACAGCAUUGCAUAGGGCAAGUUUGAAAGGACGGAUAGAAGUUGUAAAGGCAUUAAUCGAAAAUGGAAUCGAUAUAAAUGCGAAAGAUGAUGAAGGAUAUACUGCAUUACAUUGUGCAGUUGAAGCAGGACAUGUUGAUGUAGCUGAAUUGUUAGUUAAAAAAGGUGCAGAUAUCGAUUCGAGGACUAAUAAAGGUGUUAGUCCAUUGCGAAUUGCAGAGUCUUUGAAGUAUUCGGGGUUGAUUAGGGUACUCAUGCAAGGUAACGGAGCGAAAGAACUAGGAGGGACAAAAUUAGAAACUAAUUUUGUGAAAUUGUAUGGUAAAAUGGCUAAAGAUGUAGAGAUUGGUAGUGUCAAGAAAAGAAGUCAUGUGAAUAAAUCGUCAAGAGUUCGGAGGAGUAGCUUUGAUAGAACCAUUCCAUUGGCUUGUUGAUCGGGUGAUCAAAGGGCAUUUUGGUGUAUUAUAAUCUUAUUACAUGUCAAGGUGAUAAACGUACUACAUGACUAGUGAAAAAUUCCUGAAAGAGUUUAGGAUACGUCGAAUCAUGAAGAGUACGUUUGGAAGAGUAGCUUUGAUAGAAAUGUUUCAUUGGCUUAUUGAUCAGGUUAUCGAUGUGGUCCUGUAAAAAGACAAUUCGAUGCACUAAAUGGGAUGAUAAUUAUAUGAUCAUGCUAGUCAAAAUUUUCUCAAGAAUCUAGGAUUGAUCGAGCAGUAAAUGGUAAAUUAUAUUGUUGUGUUAGGUUUUAAUAAUUGUGAUGUAAUUGUUGUAUUUCAUCAAAAAAGAAAUCACUUUGCUAGUUUUGCUUGUAUUGUUGUUGUACCUCUUUAGGGCGUGUUUGGGAGGACAACAUUUUUAUAGAAGUAUUUUCUAAUUUUUCCAUGUAUAUUUGGAAGAAAUAUUUUUUGGGCAAAUUUUUUUCUUAAAAAUCAUAAAAAUAGGAGGAAAAAAAACAA